GCCACUGUCUUUUUUUUUCAACCUUUAACCUAUCGAGUAUCUUUGAAGUCGAAUACGCCGCUGUAUCUUAAGAUAGAAACCCUUUUUUUGGCACGUAUGGCUUCACCGCGUCGUAACCGAACAUAACCUACAUUCAACAACAUCAAAGAGUGCCAGUCGUUGGUGUUCUGUACUCAGUUCGGCCGAUGAAAACAAUCGAGCUCGUAUUGUAUAUGCAUAGCUCGAACACAUUUAACACGGUCUUUGGAAAAUGUGACCGCGUUUUUUCCGAUAUUUUUAUAAAUAUAAAGUGGUUUUAUAAAGUUGGUGUGUGGUGAAAAUAAAAGAAAUAUUUUUUUUUCAUUAUCUUUUAUAAUAGAAAAACUAAACUGAUGGAAGUGAUAGGGCUCGCUUUAAUCACCUUGACGUUCUUUGGAUUUUUUAAUAGGAUUACCGCGUAUUGAAAUUUAAGAAAUUAGAUUCGUCCUCAAGAUGAUCCAGUUUACCACCGAACAGCUGAUCACUAUCACAGCCUUACCAACUAUCACGAUUUUACUAAUAUGGACGCUAGUGAUUUUUCACAAAAAUCGUAAAAAAUGGGGCCCGUACGAUAUACCGAUAGUAUGCAUUUUGGUUCUAUCAAUAAUAAGAAAUCUGAGCAUAUUAUGUUAUCUAUUGAUCAAUACUUUAUCCGAACCCAGUAUUAUCACAUUAGAAUAUUGUAGUAUCGUCGUUUGGAUGUUCAAUUCCAUCCAUACUUUCCAAGCUAGUUCUCUAACUACCGUAGCCAUAAUCGGUUUGUUUUCUAUGAAACUCUAUAGAAAAGAUCAAAAUAUAAAUAUAUUUCUAACACCUACUCACAUUAUAUAUCAUUUAUUUUGUUUAACUACUCUGUGCGCCUGCGUUGGCGUGGCUGCUAUCCUAGCUCAAACCGACAAGGAGACUCGGGUGACUCGAACAGUUUUCGAAUGCAAAUUCAUGCCUUUCGAUUUGGACAUAAAGUUCAACAUUUUCAUAAUGGUACUACACAUGUUUCUAUCUGUGAUAUCUUUCACUAGUUUCUUUAUAAUAUGCUACAAUUUCUACAGAUUUAGGGAAAACAAUUUCGAAUAUAUCAAAAAAUCUAAUUCGGAUUUGAGUCAAUUGAGUUUGGGUAACGACGAAAAAAACUAUUACGAUACGUAUACGAUACAGAGAGGACAGAAUGAGGGGAAUAAUUAUUUUUGUGGAAACAGGGACGUUAAUUGGAAUUCUGAUUUAUCUACUACGGUCAGUUCUACGAAUUCCAAGAGGCCUUGCUUGGAUAGGAGUCUGAAAGGUGGUAAACGAACCGAAGAGAAUCGCACUGGGUUAGAAACUAUUCAUCCGGUUCUUAUCGUCUGCUAUCUAUUCUACCAUCUACCGAUCAUUAUACUUUGUAUUUAUCCUGAAUUGAUAUAUCCUUGGCCCGUACCAGGAAUUGCGUUAUGGUUAGGAUUGGUUCAAGACGUAUUAAUACCUGUCGGAUUAGGGAUAGUAGAUUCCAGAUUUUGUAGAUGGGUUUCUAGCGUUUACAGAUGCUCUGGAUCGAACGUAGAGGAAAAACUUCCCCACGUUGGAUUGGUAGGAAAAUUUAGGACAUUCGGUAUAGCCAGUCCACCUCAAAGCUUAGAACUACCGACUUCGGAAAGAAAUUUACCAGUUUUCCAAGCCGUCGAACAUAGAUUUCCGAUAACGAACGGGUCCUUGUAUACAAGUAUCGACGGCAGACUCCCCGUUAUUCACAAUUACAGAAGAAACAGGGAUAACAGAAGAUGUACGAAAGGAGAUAAACACCAAGCGAACGUGGCUUUUCACACUUCCCUGCUAAGCAACCGUCACGAUUUUAUCGAGAAUCCUCAAAAAUUUCAAUCCUGCGGUAAUUGCGAGACCGAUCUCUGUCCUAGUCAUUCGAAUCUACACCAUCUGAGUACUAGUUACAUAAACAAACAACUCAAUCAACUGAACCAAUUCAAACCAAUAGAAAACCGUCAAAUAAAUCCUAAUAAUCAUCUAACACCAAUCAAUUCACAGAAUUCGGCGCGCUACGAUUCGAAUCAGUUCGUUCAGAAUCGCGAUACUCGUAGAGAAAGAAUCAGUCACAGCGAAGAAUCGAUUCAUACGGCUGCUAAUAAUGAAUACACGUUUCAUAAAAAUUCCGAUUUUAACGGAAAUUUACACGAUAAUAAACAAGAUGUAAGAAAUUCCACAAAUCUAUUUAGAGUUAAUAAUAUGAGAUUGAGUAGAAGCGAGGAUAGUUUAAAUGAUCUGGAUAUCAAACAAAUCAAUAAUUUUCUUCAUUUCAACUCAUCCCAAACCAAACAAAUAGAAACUAAACAACAAUCAUCAAACAUUAAUCAAAAUUCUAUGAAAAUUGAUGUUGUCGACAAAAAUGAUAACUACAGUUCCGACGAUGAUUAUAUAACAGAUAUUAACGAAAAUUUCGACUCGAUGAGUUCUAAGAGUUGUUUUUCCAUCACCACGGAAGCAAAUUGCGAUUUCGACUUCUUCCAGAGCGGUCAUCAGGAAGAACGUAAAGAAAACAAAGAACAAAAUGAAUAUUUCGUUAUAAAUAACAUUAAUAAUAGACCGGUGAUGACUUCUUAUAGAACUGGAACUGAAAAAGACACCCCUAAAAACGAUUUCAGGAUAACAAGAUCGAACUCAAAAAGAUCUUUGGAAGGUUUUCAAGCUUACAUCGAAUCUGAAGAGAACUUGAGGAACAACUUUUCUCUACAAAGAUCUAAUUCGUAUAUGACUUUAGAAGAUCGUUGUAAAAUCCGUUGGAACGACAGGUUUUUGAGAAGUAGUUGUAAGGAGUCUGGUUGUUCAUCAUUCCAAGUAGUGAGGCAAAAAGUUAAAUCUGAAGAGUAUUUGCCUAAUACAACUACUGUGUAUAUCGAAGAUUCCUCUGGGUGUUUCGAUAAGAUUUGUGAUGAAAAAUGCGGUGAAAAGUGUAUCCAUAGCAUACCAGAUUUCAAAAAAGUAUUUAUUUCAGAAUAUAUUUGAAUUUAUGUAUAAGUUACGUUGAAGUUACAUAUACUGUUUGUUGUAAAUAAAAAAUUAUUAUAAUGUCUUCUUAAAAA